AUGUCUUCCCGUGAGCUUUGCACGAUCCUCGGCGACGUGAUCAGACGCCAGCGCUGCGCGGAGAUCACCGUAGAGUACUCUUGCGGCCACAGCGUGCAGGCGGACGUGCAGAUGGCACCGUUCCUGGCCGACAAGCGAGAGCCUCGGGCUGCGGCGAGAUCGCUGCGCCUCAGCUGCAAGCGAGGCGGCCUGCCUCGCGGCGACGACGGCAUCUUCCGCAUCGAGGUGCCGGGCGGGCCUUGCGCCUCCUGCGGCCGCGGGAGCAGGGCGGGCCUCCUUUGCGGCGGCGUGCGCAUGGACCUCGUCAGCGCCCGCGAGGCCUCCGAGAACCCGAUCCCCGUGGGGAUCGGCGCCCGCCAGUUCGCGCAGUGGGUGCAGACGGACGGCUCGUGCGCCCAGAGCAUUCAGCUCACAAGCUGCACGGGCGGCCUCUCCUGGUACAGCUUCUUCACCACGCCCGGCACCUCGGGGCCCCUGCUGCUCGCACUGGCCGUGUGGCUCGUCGGUUGCGUCGUGUACGGCUUCUGCGCGGCCCCACAGAUGUCGAUGGUGUCACCGGAGGUCUUCUACCAGCAGGUCCAAGACCAGAUUGGGAACAUCCCUGUGCCGAAGAGAAGCCCGCACUACUCCCACUAUAGGCAGUAUUACCUCCAGCAGUACCAGCAGCAUCUUUCCCAGUACUCGAGUCUGGAGGCACAGUGGGCUCAGAACAAGGUCCCGAUAUUCCAGUGGGGCGCCUUCUUCCAGGGCCUGGGCUUUGGAACGUGGCUGUUUGCGGCCAUGCUCGCGUUCUGCGAGUUCCAGUACGGAACGAUCACCGCUUGGAUGGAGGCGGCAGAGGAGUGGUGGUCAGAAUACCGUCGACGGCCGCAGACAGCUCCGAGGGACCCUCUCGCCGACGACGCAGCACAGGAGAGCUUCCUCAGCGACCUCAUGGGCGCCGGCCCGCGCUGCAGGGGCGCUGCGCCACCACCGGCCGAGGCAGCGAAGGAGGCGGCCAAGCGAGCAGAGGGGCCGAGGCACCGCAAGGGCAGUGGGCCCACGCCGCAGGACAAACAGCUGCUCUCGAAGCCGACGGCCGCCGUCGACCAGCGGCCCAGGCAGCCUCAGCAGAAGCUGCCCGCCGAGCGCCAGAGGGCGGAAGCGCCAGUGCCCGAGGGCAAGGAGGCCGCUGGCAGCCGCGGAGGGCGCAGACCAGGUGGCGAAGGCUGCUCUCGCGCGGACCUGCUCACUCCAGAGGUCGAGGUGGAGCCGGCCGUGGAGCCCGAGCCGUCAUUGCCAUCGUCUUCGGCAGAGGCCAUCUUCGGCGACACCGCGCUGGAGCAGGCGGCCAGCGAGGAGGCCGACGAGGAGCUGGGCGAGGAGGCCGACGAGGAGGAGGGGGAGCUGAAUGAGGACGCGGAGGAGCACCCCGACGAGGCCCAGGAGGAGCCCAGGGAGGAGGCCCAGGCGGGCGCUGAGGUGCUGGGGGCGGGCCAGGAGGCGGACCGCGGCGCGCACGUGGCGUGGACAGAUCCAGAGCCCGUCACGCAGGCCAACGCGGCCGGCGGCACCAACAGCGCCAGCACUGCUGCGCAGGAGGUCGACUCCGAGCUCGCCAGGCUGCGGCAGGCAGCCCGGACCGUGGGCAGCGGCUUGCGCCGGGCGACGGGCGCCCUCUCUGGGCACCUGCAGGAGGCGCGCGGGGCCAAGGGCGGCGCGGUGCCCGCGGAGGAGCUGAGCCGGCUGCUGGCCGAGCUCGAGGGGCUCCAGGGCCAGCUGGACGGCGCCCUGUGCCAGGACGCGGCGCCCUCUCACGACGCCCUGGGGGCCGCGGCCCCCAGGGAGCCCGAGGCGGAGCGGUGGAGCCUGGUGGCCGCCCGGCGCGCGGGCCGGCCCACGAGAGCCGCGCAGCCGCCGACGCCGCCCUCGCAGAAGUUGGCGGGCCCCGGAGGCGGCCGGGGCGGCGCCGCCCCGAAGCCAGCGUUGGCGGCUUCGCGGCCAGCGGGGCCAGCGGCGAGGAAGCUCUCGGCCGCGUCGGGCGCGGCCGCGGACAGCCCGAGCUGGGCGGCCGUGGUGGCGGCGCCCACUCGGGCCGCGGAGCCGUGCUCCUGGGACCCCGCGGGCCUGAGCGGCGCCAGGGGGGCGGAGGAGGAGGAGGACUUCCGGCCCAGGGAGAUGCGCGCGGAGGCGCCCGAGUUCGUGCCCGACUUCGCGGACUGCGUGUACAUGCCCUCGGACGACUGCCCGGUCGGGGCAACCGUCCUGGUGCCCUGCGUGCUGCCCGCGGACGGGUUCGCGGCGCUGUCCGGCGGUGUCCUGCCGCAGGUGGACGGCGCAGCCCUGCCACCCGGGCACGUGCUGGUGCUCGCGCCUCCAGGCCCCGCGGACGGCGUGCCCGUGAUGAUGGCGCCCGCGGGAUUGCCGCUCGCGGAUUUCCCCGGGUUCGAGGGAGUCGAGGUGCCAGGUGGGGAGGCUCAGCAGCGCUUCGCGGAAGGGGACUGGGGGUCGGAAGAGGAUUGA